AUGUGUUGGCAACACUGGCUCACAGCCCCAGGCAUUUGAGUAAGCAGAGCAGAAGAGUGAAGAAAGAACAAGAAGCUGUGAUAAACAAUGAGCAGCGGCGCUGGAAAGGUAGUGUGUGUGACCGGUGCUUCCGGUUACAUCGCUUCGUGGAUCGUCAAAUUUCUUCUCCAUCGCGGUUACACUGUCAGGGCCACUGUUCGCGACCCAAGCGAUUCCAGAAAGAUAAACCACUUGGUUGCCCUUGACGGUGCUAAAGAGAGACUGCACCUGUUCAAGGCAAAUCUCCUCGAAGAAGGAUCCUUUGACUCUGUCGUUCAAGGUUGUCAUGCUGUGUUUCACACUGCUUCUCCCUUUUACCAUGAUGUCAAGGACCCCCAGGCUGAAUUGUUAGAUCCUGCUGUAAAGGGAACUCUCAAUGUCCUGAAAUCGUGCGUGAACUUGCCGUCUCUGAAACGCGUCGUUUUAACCUCUUCUAUUGCCGCUGUUGCAUAUAACUCUAGGCCUCGAACUCCCGAUGUAGUAGUUGACGAGACUUGGUUUUCCGAUCCAGAUUUCCUUAGGCAAUCCCAGCUGUGGUAUGCGCUUUCAAAGACUUUGGCUGAGGAUGCUGCCUGGAAAUUCGUAAAAGAAAACAACAUUGACAUGGUAACUAUUAACCCAGCAAUGGUGAUAGGGCCUCUCUUGCAACCGGUCCUUAACACAAGUGCUGCUUCAAUUUUAAACCUAGUUAAUGGUGCACAAACAUUUUCAAAUGCAACUUUUGGAUGGAUCAAUGUGAAAGAUGUUGCAAAUGCCCAUAUUCAAGCAUAUGAGAAUACUUCAGCUAAUGGAAGAUAUUGUUUGGUUGAGAGAGUGGUGCACUACUCAGAAAUUGUGAAGAUUUUACGUGAUUUGUACCCGACAUUACAGCUUCCAGAGAAGUGUGCGGAUGAUAAGCCAUAUAUACCAACAUAUCAGGUUUCCAAAGAAAAGGCAAAGAGCUUGGGAAUUGAAUUUAUUCCUCUGGAAGAGAGCGUCAAGGAGACUGUGGAAAGCUUGAAAGAAAAGAAGUUUACCAACUUUUAAUAUGUGGUAUCUACCUGAGGAGAAAACGCUAUUAAACGUGAGCCUUGUUUCGUUGGUGUGGUGACUUGGUUUCUGAUGCUUACUCUUAUCAAAAUUACUGUUAAAUUAAAUAAGACCUUCAAAUAAGUCAUGGUUUGGUUUGUG